UCGAUGGAGGGAGCCAUCGGAGAUGCUUACACAAUAUACUUCGGCGCCCCCCUCCAAACCCAGGUAUAACCUAAACUUGGACCAAGAUUCACUAGGGGGGAGGGCACCAGAAAAAAAAGUAGAAGUAGAGUUGAUUCCUCCCUCAGCCUUCUUCUUCCCUACCAUCUUCAUACUAACCUCGCUCGGCUGGACCGGCGACACUCUUCGUUUCUGGUCUUCUUCGUCUCUUCUGUGUUAUGCGGUUCCUCACAUCGCUGCUUCCCCUCAUCACCCUCGCUUUGCGUGUCGCUGCGACUGGUCCUAGUCCUGGCAGCAAUUCCAUCCCUCUCACUAACAUCAAUCAUCAGUACCCUGCGCCUGUACACCUCUAUUUAAAUGAAAAUGGAAUCUAUUUUCCAGAUGAAGAAGCAGCCAACCCCGAUGCACACCGACAACGAUCACCAUGUCGUAACUGCCUGGAAAAGGCAAAAGACAUCAUAGCAGCCAAGAUAAAGGCACCAGUGAAUAGCUUGAAAGUGGUGGUGGGCAGCUCGCUCGGAGUAAUCACCGAACAUCCAGUUGCAUCUCUGUUCAUUUUUGUUGGCUGUCUUGCUCUGGGAAGUUCUGCUCUCGCGAUCUAUUGCACCGUCGAGUAUGAGAAAUUUGAAUGGUGUCACCAAUAUCUCAGGGCUCCGGAGGGCAUCCAAAGAGGGAUCUUGCGAGAACAUUAUAUCGUCGUCGACUCGAGGGUUUGGAUGACGAGGACAAGAAUGAAUGAGGGUCUCGCGGAGGGGAUUGGUUGCAAGUGGUGUAGAACCGCUGAAAAAGAUGUGGUGUGUUAACAGCGGUCAAAGCGGACGAAGUGGAGCGGGAGAAAUAUCACGUCAAAAACUGGCGAGGUUCUUUGAGCCAGCAUUCAAUAUUUGUUCAC